CCGUUUUUUGGUUUGCUUUCUUCCUGUCGUCCUUUCCCGGCGGCAACGAAGAUCUCGAAUCAACCUCCUUCCUUCCGAACCAACAAAAAGUAAAAAAAACAUGGCCUCCGCUGCCCCCUCGAGCCCCGUCGCCGCGACGAACGCCGCCCCUGUGGCCUCGCCUGCCGCGCCGGCGCAGCCGUUCCACACGGCGUCGCUCUACGUGGGCGACAUCCACCCCGACGUGACAGAGGCGUUGCUCUUUGAGAUCUUCAACGCCGUCGGGCCUGUCGCGUCGAUCCGGGUGUGCCGCGACGCUGUCACGCGCCGCUCGUUGGGCUACGCGUACGUCAACUUCCACAACGUCUCGGACGCCGAGCGCGCGCUGGACACGAUGAACUACACGAGCAUCAAGGGCGUGCCGUGCCGCAUCAUGUGGUCGCAGCGCGACCCGUCGCUCCGCAAGUCGGGCGUCGGCAACAUCUUUGUCAAGAACCUCGACGUCUCGAUCGACAACAAGGCGCUCUACGACACGUUCUCGCUCUUCGGCAACAUCCUCUCGUGCAAGGUCGCGAUCGACAACACGUCGGGCGGCUCCAAGGGCUACGGCUACGUGCACUACGAGACGGCCGAGGCCGCCAACGAGGCCAUCGCCAAGAUCAACGGCAUGCUCAUCGCCGGCUCGGAGGUCUUUGUCGGCCACUUCCAGAAGCGCCAGGACCGCCCCGACCUCGCGGACUGGACCAACUGCUACGUCAAGAACAUCCCGCACAACUGGGACGACGCGACGUUGCGCAAGGAGUUUGAGGUGUUUGGCUCCAUCACGAGCUGCGUCGUCAUGAAGGACGCCUCGUCCGAGGGCAACCGCGGCUUUGGCUUUGUCAACUUCGACGAGCCCGAGUCGGCCCAGAAGGCCGUCGAGGCCCUCAACGACAAGGUUGUCGGCCAGGAGGACGGCGCGGACAUUGCGCUGUACGUCGGCAAGGCCCAGAAGCGCAGCGAGCGCGAGCGUGAGCUCCGCAACAAGUUUGAGGCGCUCAAGAUGGAACGCAUCAACAAGUACCAGGGCGUCAACCUGUACGUCAAGAACCUCGACGACCAGCUCAACGAUGACGAGCUCCGCGAAGCGUUCACGACCUGCGGCACGAUCACGAGCUGCCGCAUCAUGAAGGACCCGUCGGGCAACUCGCGCGGCUUUGGCUUUGUGUGCUUUGCCACGCCCGAGGAGGCCACCAAGGCCGUCACGGACAUGAACGGCAAGCUCGUCUCGGGCAAGCCCAUCUACGUGGCCCUCGCCCAGCGCAAGGAAGUGCGCCGCGCCCAGUUGGAAGCGCAGCACGCCCAGCAGCGCGCGUCCGGCAUGGUCGUCGGCCGUGGCAUGCCCAUGCAGCAGCCGCCCAUGUACGGCGCCGCGCCCAUGUUCUACGCGCAGCCCAACCAGAUGCCGCCGCAGUCGCGCCAGGGCUUCGUCUACCCGCAGCAGAUGAUGCCGCGUGGUGGCAUGCCCCGCGGCCCGAUGCCGUACCGCCAGCCCGGUGCCCCGGGCCCGGCCGGCUACGGUAUGCCCCAGUACGGCAUGCCCAUGCAGGGCCAGCCGCGCCAGCCGCGUGGCCGUCGCCCGCAGGGUCAGGUCCCGCCGCAGAUGCAGGGCCAGCCGCGCAACAACCGCAACAACUUCAAGUACACGGCGAACGCGCGCAACCAGCCCGAAGUCGCCCCGGCGGCGCCGGCUGUCCCGGUCAUGGAGCCGCUCACGUCGGCGGCGCUGGCGGCCGCCUCGCCCAACAUGCAGAAGAACAUGAUUGGCGAGCGCCUCUUCCCGUUGAUCGAGAAGUCGCAGCCGUCGCUUGCCGGCAAGAUCACGGGCAUGCUCUUGGAGAUGGACAACGGCGAGCUGCUUCACUUGUUGGAGAGCCCGGAAGCCCUCGAAGGCAAGAUCACGGAAGCGAUCGCUGUCUUGGAAGCCCACAUGGCCGCGGAAGAGUAAAGGAGGAAGACAAGCAACCACCAAAGGGAAUGAGACCGAGACUAGACGUUAUUUUUGUUGCAAUGAAAAUGGCCUUUUGUUCUCGCG